ACGUUUGCAAUGAUUUUAUAAUUUGUAAUCUUUCCAAUGCACUGAUAUCUUAUCUACCGUAGAUGUUACGAUGUAUUUUUACAUGUGCAACAAACUCUUUUUCCUCUGUUUAUCCGUUAAACUUCCUUGUUUAAACCAAUUAUCGUUCUAUGUACACAGAUAAAAAAAAUUUGAUUACUGGUUUCUUAUAAGAGAAGUUGUCCGAAAAGAUUAUUAAAUUUAAGAUUGGAUCACUUUGAUAAAUACUUUUAUAUAAUAUUUGUUUUUGUAUCUGUUUGCUUUUCUCAAAAAAAGGCUGCAAUUUUUUAUUAAGUUUCAACAAAGUACUUUGUUGAAGCGCAAUAAAAUUGCGCCUAAUUUAACACCUGCUCUAACGUGACUGUGAUAUAGCUUAUUUCAUUAUUCGUGUCGUUGCACUUACGCGACAUAAUAAAGUUUAUUAAUUUGCACUGGGUGCAUAAAGGCGACUAUAAAUUUAAUACCCCACGACUGCACGCGCGCAUCUGUUCAGCCUCGAGUAGAAGCGUUACGAAAGAUCGCGCACGGUCUCGGAGUAACGGAGCCGGUUUUAGUUGCGCUCCGGCCAGUCUCGGGUCGUCCGCAGCCCGUGUCAGAGCACAUCUUUCCUAGCUUAUUUGUGUCGUCUAUAAUCGUCCAUAUCAAAACAUCUUAAAGCAUUCUCUUCGAUGUUUAAAUAAAUUUUCAUAAUUGAGUGUUAUACGUUGAUAUAUUUGAAAUGUGAUGUUAUACUGCAGCGUUGAAAAAUUUUCCGUACUCAACAUAAAAUAAUGUAUCCCGACAACUGGUUGCCAACUGCAGAGACUUGACUUAAAUAUCUUUGCUUGAUUGCGAAGUAAAUAGCUUGCACGCGAGAAGGGAAAACGACUGAGUCAGAUUAGUACAGAUAAAGCAGCUAAAGCGCUGAUGAAGAGCAAACAGAAGAACAAGUUGAACGUUAUUUCAAAUAACUCUAUAUGAUUUGUGUGCUGUUUGAGCAAUUGAUCGAUUAAGCAAGCUUUGCCGAUGAUACGAGUACUGGAUACAACUCUAGGGACGUAUACUUUCAUAAAACGCUUACAAAAAAAUAAUUGAUAUGACUGAUGGAACGGCAUGUGGCGUAAUAGAUCAAGGCUGGGCAUGGGCGAUUGUCGUCGGCGUGACUGUUAUCAAUCUAGCCGUGCUUCCCGUCCAACAAUGUUUUGGUCUUAUCUUCGCGGAACGCUUCGCAAGUCUUGGCAUCACCGCAACACAAACGAGUCUAAUUCUUCAUCUUAAUGGAACAAUAACAUGUAGCCUCGGUUUGAUAAGCGGUCCGAUGAUGAAGAGAUUCGCGUUUCGUCAAGUCGCAUAUUUCGGCAGCUUAACAGUCAUCCUUGGAAUCUGCGCCGCUGCCUUCGCCAAAUCUCUCCCGAUGCUUAUUAUCACUUAUUGCGUUAUUAUUGGUAUUGGCCAAGGAAUUAUUUUCCCAGCGACAACAUUAGCAUUAAACACAUACUUUCGCAAGAAACGCAACGUAGCUAUGGGUUUUUCAGUUACAAUGACCGGUCUGGGCCCAAUCUUAAUGCCCCUUUUGAUAGAUGUACUUCUCGAGAAUUUUGCCACGACCGGUACUCUUCUGGUUCUUGGUGGAAUUGCCUCGCAUUCGCUCGUUGGUGCAUCCCUGUUGAGACCAUUUCAAAAGGAGAAAGAGAUUGUUCUAAUAGACAAAACUACCGAUAUAUCGAAAGAGGAACGUACUGGUAAUGAAGAAAAAAUAGAAAAUAUCGCCGUCCAAUUAUUAAGUGAAGAAAACACUGGAGAAAGACAACCGAAUCAUCAUCCAGAGAAUAGAGAAACGGAAGUAAAAGACAGUAGAAGAACUUCGUUCCUCCAAAAAAUUAUUACGAAUAUGGAUCUCGAUCUUCUUCAUGAUAAUCGUUAUAUAGCGAUAGUAAUAGGUAUGAGUAUCUCGUUAGUGGCCGAAACGAAUUUCAAUGCAACGAUACCUUUCGUCUUGGGCGAAUUGGCGAACCUCGACAGAACAACGAUAGCUACAAUGAUGUCGAUUCAAGCUGCCGCAGACAUCACAGGACGACUUUGCGUACCGUUGUUGGCACAAAAAAUCGGCUGGACCUGCAGAAAUCUUUAUGUGAUAUCCCUGUUGGGAUCGAUCCUCGGAAGGACUAUUCUGUCGAUGUGGGGUGAUACUUACAUCAUCGUGAUUGGAGUAGCUCUCAUCGUCGGACUGGCAAAGGGAACCAAAGCUGUCUUCCAAGCACUAAUCAUUCCCGAUUACGUACCAUUAGCGAGACUGCCAGCUGCAUCCGGUAUUCAGAUGGUUUGUAAUGGCAUUCUGUCUAUCAGCGUGGGACCAAUUAUCGGUUUGGUGCACGAUUCAACAAAUAGUUACGUGGGUGCGCUUUAUUUCACAUCCUUUCUUAGCUUAUGUUGCGUCUUCUUAUGGUUGAUAAGUGGACUAUGGACUCCCUGUAGAAAGUCCCGAAGACUGAAUCAACAAAAUUCGUCAGAAGAGCAAGAAAAUUCUCGCGAAAAUACGUAAUUGAUUAAUUUAUAAUAGCAAUGUGAUAUCUCCAACCUAAUAUAACUGCAUAAAACCUUGACGAAUAUAAAGUGAUACAAUUUUAAUAUAUUAUAACGGAUAUGUAUUUUGUACUCAUAAUUUAAUAUAGUUUUUAUGCCGAAAUCUUUUAUACAGAAAUCUGGUAUAAAAUUAUUAGAGAAAAGUUACCAAUACCGAUGUAAAUUUGUUAAAACUUAUACUUCUUUACUUUUUAAUUAAAUAUUGUAUUUUAUUAAUAUUGAUAGAAACACAAUCUGCUUAAAUAAUAUAAAAAAAAGUAAAAUAGUUUAUAUAUUUACGGUUUUUUAUGUAAAAUUUACUAAAAACAAAUUCGUGAUAAGAGAUCUAAAUAAAAAUUCGCAUGAUUCUUUAACACAUU